GCUCACUCCCCAUCAUCAUUGACAACCAGUGAUCGAAGACAGUCGCUCUCGAACUACUUUAAGAUGCAGAUUAUACUGACAGGCGCAACGGGAGCUGCUGGCCUCGAGGUCCUUCGAACGGCCAUCGCAGACACGUCUAUUACGAAAAUCAGUGUUCUGUCACGGCGUCCCCUCCCCGAUUCAAUCCCACAAUCGGAUAAGGUCUCGUUUAUUAAACAUACAGACUUCACGACAUACCCCCCUGAGGUCCUCAAGUCGCUGGAAGGGCAUGGGGCUUGUGUUUGGGCGCUCGGGAAGACCUCUGCCGGAAUGAACGAAGCUGACUACACGACUUUGACGUAUGACUAUCCUAUGGCUGCUAUCAAAGCCUUUGACUCGGCUGGAAUCCGUGGCGAGGACGGCAAACUCAGAUUCGUAUACUUCAGUGGCGAAGGUGCGAAGCCCGACGGAAAUGGUGGAGCCUUGUUUGCACGCGUAAAGGGUCGAGCCGAGAAAGACUUGGCUGCUUACGCUGCUGGGUCAACUGCCGUUCAGGUCUAUAACAUACGCCCGGGCUAUUUCUUCCCCUCGAAUCCUAAGGACGCAGCAACAGUCCGAAACGGUGGCGCACGUAUAAUGGAUAAAGUCCUUGGUCCGACACUCAACUUUGCCUUGUCGUCCAUGUACAUAAAAAUAGAAGACUUGGCGCGUUUUGCAUUGGAAGCAGGAAAAGGACGCGCUGAGCCGGGUACGAUUUCCAACGCAUCGAUGAAGGAGUACCUCAAGAAAUGGAAUACUGGGACGCAAUAAAGCCUUCACACGGGCUCCACGCCCUUCCCCAACCAAUGUAUAGAUCGGCUUGAGUUAUAUUGACCGUCCAAUAGAUGUACAUAAUCUCCCCUGCCCCAUCUAAUUAUAUCUCUGAAACUUGCUUAGAACGGGUUCCGUUCAUGACCGAACCUAAUUAACGUCUUCAGUGAUGGUGGCACGAGUCUUAUUAUGCCAAUACCUCAAUAUUUAAAACUCUAUUAUCUUAGCUUAGUUGUGUAUGUAUAUGUGCAUGAAACAGCAUUAAAAUAUUUUGAAGUC